CUGGUCUGCUGCACUGCUGCGUUCCCUGCAUGCGCAUGGGGGCUGCUCCCGAUACGGGCGUCACCCCGCUGUGCUGUCUGUCUGUCUGUCUGUCUCACUCUCUGACUGUCUUGCGUCUUGCUCUCUUACACAUACAUUUACACUUACACUUACACUUAGCCUUGGUCUGCGCGCGUGUAUGCCGUGACUCUGACAGUAGCUUUACUUUCCCUCCCUGCUACUGUUCCGCUUGGCACUUUUUCAUUUCUAUCAAGUUCGAUCGAGUAUCUAUCUAAUCUCGCAAUGGACACCGUCCAAGUCGCCCGCACGGCACGCUUCGUCCACGAAGAAGCCGCCCGAGUACACCAGGGCCUGGGCGGCUGGUCGCAGUUCAGCGAUCAGCGGGCGAGGUUCGAGAAUCCAAAGCCGUAUACAACCCUCGAAAGUAUUCUUCGGGCGUAUGUCCCCUCCACCCUCAACAUCGAUACCACAAAUUACACCUGGGAUGCCCUGUUCGAUCGACUCAGCGCGGCGGAGACGGAGUGGCAGGCCACCGGGCAGAGCGCGACGCAGUUAUUCGCCAAGGCCUGGUUGAAGGUCGGCGAGAAUCGCGAGGUUAUUGAUCCGUGGAUUAGUUUGAUUCCGGAUAGCUAUGGGUUGGCGGUGGUCAAGAGCGGGGUGGCGAUUAUAUUGAAGUUGGCGGCCAAGUCGGCGGAGAAGAGACAGCGGAUCUUCAAGACCUUCGAGAGCAUCCGGACGACGAUCAUGGAGGCGAGCUAUAAGAAGCGGACCUUCCAGACGGAUCCCGAGGUGAGCCAGGCCGCGAAGGAGCUGUAUUUCGCGGUGGUUGAUGCGGUGGAGGGACUGUUGUGCUCGUUGCCAGUGAAACGGCACGGGAUGAGGGAGGUCGAUGGCAACGCGACAGAACAGAAGCAGAAAGAUACGAAAGGCUUUCUAGCCAAGCUGAGGGUCGUGCGACGUCCGGGUACGGAUCAGACGGAGGAUCCGGAGAAGAUCAUGCAGCAGGUGCAGAACAGCGCCCGCAAGUUCCAGCUGACGGUCGAUCGGUGUCGGGAUGAGAAGAUCGAGACCAUCGACAAGGUGUCCCGCGACACCCGUGUCCAGGUCAGUGUCCUCCGGCAGGGCCAGAAGCAGACGGAGAUCAAUACGCGGGAAAUCAUCACCGAUGUCCACCAGGUCAGAGACGGGAUGGAGGGGGUCAUCAGCGGGGUGGGAGCCGUCCAGGGCACGGUCACCCGCACGGAAAGUGUCGUGCAGGGGGUGUAUAUCGGGGUCGAAGAGGUCAAGGCGGAGCUGCACGAGCAGGGCAGACGGGACUGCGAGAUCAUGCAGCUGAUCCAGAGGGAGGAGGAGAAGCGGAGGCAGUUUGCUGAGACCCAGCUGGCGCUGAUGGACGACAGUCUCGAGGCCAAGAACCAGAUGCUGGAGUUUCUGAUGGAGGAUCGCAAGAAGAAAGAAACUCUCAUCGAGCGCCUCCAGCAACGACUUCGCGACGCCGAGCUCGCAAACCCUCCAUCCAACCGCAGCUCCGCGGCCGUUGUCUCCCUCAGCCACUUGUUCGCCAUCCUCGCGCAGCCCAUCUCCCCCUCCAACCCUAACCCCAACCCCAAUCCCAACCCCAACUACGAGUCCGCCCUGCAACACCCCAACAACGACCUCGAAAUCGUCCUCAGCAAGAGAGGCUCCUUCGACGUGCGCGCCCAAGGCCAAGCACAAUCCGUGCUGCAGAACGGUCGAUUCAUGGAAUGGAUGAACCGCGAGCACCCCGACCUCCUCGUCGUGGACGCCAACCUGCGCGCCUGCGCGCUCGACAGCAUCACCGCCAUCUCGCUCUUCAGCGCGACCUUCAUCCUCAGCAUGGCCCGCGUCCAGCCCCAAGAGGUCGUCACGCAUUUCUUCUGCGGCUUGCACACCGGCAGCGCGCGAAAGGAUCCCUGGACGGGUCCCAACGGACUCGUCCGCUCGGUGAUCGUCCAGCUCCUGAUGGCCCUGCACCAGCGCGACACCCUCAGCAUCAACUUCAUCGACUCGCGGAGCUACCUCAAACGGAUCGAGGACCAGGACCUCUUCACCCUCUGCGACAUGCUCCAUCGUCUCGUCUGCCAGUUCCCCCCCGAUACAACGGUAUACUGCAUCAUCGACGGGGUCUCAUCCUUCGACAAAGAUCUCCAUGGCAGUUUCCGCCAGAUGGCGAUUGUUGUCGACUGGCUGCAGUAUAUUGUUGAGGACGAUGCGCUCAGAUCUAGGUUCAAGGUGCUGAUGACGAUCCCGGAGCAGAGUACGAGGCGCUUUCGGCAGGGGGUCGAUACAGACCAGCGUAUCAUUCUCAGCUCGAGUCUCUUGUCGCCGCAGAUAAUUUCUUCGAGGUCGGUCGAGGCGGGCAUUUCGAGGCCGUCGACUCCGGAGGUGUCCCACGCGGGGUCCCCGUCCCUGUCGCCGUCACUGGAGUCUUCGGGGUCUAUGGGCGGGGGGGUGGAGAGGGACAGAGAGUGGGAGGAUGAGGGGUAUGAUGAGGGGUAUAAUGAGUGGUAGCGAUAUGGUGUGGAGCGUAAUGUUGAAUGUGUGCUACAUAUCUUUAUAAUUAGCGCUGGUUGAUAGGAUUUUAUCAGGUUCUUUAUCUAUCAGAUAUCCGGUGAGGAGAAGAUUAAGCUCGCCAAAUCUCGCUAGAGUACCUUUUUGGGCCGGAAGACCCUGUCGGUAUCUAAGAUGACACGGUGAAGGAGUCCUCAAGCCUACUUAGAUGUCAUGGU